AUGCCGGCCUGCAGUUCUGCCGUGCCUUGCGGGGAGGACCCGCAGGUGACCAUCGCGGGUCGCGAGGGCCGCCCCGUGCCUGUCAAGCGCAGCAUCGCCGAGCUGUACAUACGCGUCUUCUCGCACAUGCCGAUCGACGAGGUCAUCGAGCGCAAGAGCAGCAAGGCUGCCGAGAACGCCUACUUCAAGGCGCAGGUGCAUGCGGCGGAGGUGUCUUGGGCGAAGCGUGAUCAGCGCACCGCGCUCGACACGGUCGGCUUGAUGGGCGGCGGCGACAACGUCUCGGUGGGUUACGGCAGCGUCGUCAAGGUGAAGCGCAAGGUUGCCAUCUUGAACAAGGCGGAUUUCAAGUACUUCCACGGCGGCAACGAGCCCUUGCAGCGCGUGGUGCGCCACCAUCCGAGCAUGUCGAUCCCAGUUCGAGGCGGCGUCGCGGGGGAGACGGAAAAGGUGUGGCUGUUCGAGAACUUCCCUGGGGCGCGCCGCACCAUGAGCUUCUGCACCUUCCACAGGGUCACCGCUGGGUCGACGCCCGUGCGCCCAGACGACGUCUUCUACGACGGCCAGGUCGUCGAUUUUUACCAGAAGGGCCUCAGCACGCAGAAGUCUGAGUUCGACGCAGAUCUUGUGGCGAAGGACCUGCCGUGCAUCAACGCCACGAGGGGGAAGUUCAACUUGGUGCCGCUCAAGCUUCACGAAGCGGGCGAGGCGGCCGACGAGGUGCCGCAGGGUGCUGCACCUGGAUCGCCUAGCGCGGCGGCAGCGGGCAGCGCCGUCGGGGAGGAUGAGGCCGAUGCAGAUGGCGCGGCCAGCGGCUUGGGCGACGCCACUCUCAGCGGCGUGAUCCAGUUGCCCUCGGCUUUCGGCAGAUCGCGCUCGGAUGUCGGCAUGCCCCCUACCAAGAGGAGCAGGCGUGGGAAGAAGAGCCCCGCCGCGGAUCUUGAUGCCUCGCCCUUCGCAGCUGACGACGACAUCGGCCUCGACGACUCAGCGUCGCAGGUGGCUGCAUCUACUAUGGUUGGCGCGGCCAGUGGUAUCGGAGGAACUGUUGACAGCAAGCAGGGCCCCUACAAGCACAUCGAGAAUCUAGAUUGCGAGAUGGAGAUGGUGAAAGGGAACUUGGGCAAUGCGCUGCACCACGCCAACAAAUGGGUACGCGAGCACGGCAGUGAGCUGAAGUGGUCCCAGGGAACCGCUGACCUCAAGGCCCACAUCAAGAAGUUCGAGAUGGCUCACAUUGUAUCCGUUGCCCACCAGGAUACCUACCAGGACGAUGAAGUUGCCAAAGCCGUUCUUUUUCUGGUUCAGACCGACGGGGCUUUACCCGACGCCGUGAACUUGAAGCUGUGCAUGCGAGAGUCCAGGCGGAAGAUGAAGCAGAUCAGCGACGGCGAUGCAUUUGUAGCGUUCUUUGCUUCGACGUUGCCAUGCAAUCCUAGCCACACCGAUUCGUUUAUCAGUUCUUCGCCUACACUGAGCGCUCUGAAGCUGGAGCCAGAGAUCAAGAUCGGCACGUUCUUGGGUUGCUUUAUCAACGACUGGCUUUGUCCCUGCAUUGAGGCAGGCAAGAGCGCUCAGGAUCUGCUCACCACGGCCGUCGACAUCAUUGGUAACAAGGUCUCGGAGAUCGUCGCCUCCAGCGACAUGCCCGAAGAGUAUUUGGGGUUCUUUUGCUCGCUUUCGGAAAUCACCCUCGCGCUGAGCACGCUCCUCCACGGUCUCGACGCGGCCACCCUGGACGAUUUCGCCUCGAGGGUCAAGCACCACGUCACCAUCUUGUCCGACGCGAAGGCUAAAGACCCCAUGGCGCAGCGCAUCGCCCGCUCGAUCCUUGCGACGCCGAUCUACGUGGACCUGCUUGCCGACUUGAGGAAGACCUCGCAAGGCUUAACUACCAUGAACCAGGAAGUCGAGCAUGCGAAUGUGGUUUUGACGACCAAGAUGCCAGAUAUUUGUGGUGAGAGCGAGGAGUGGCGAUUAACUUGCCAUACCAGCGCUGUUCUUGCGAAGAACUUGUUGGGUUUGCUGGAUGUGCUCGGUCGCACCUACGGGAACGAGUUGAAGGAGAGUGCUUUGGACAGGGCGCGCGUUAUAGUCAUGGGCAUGCGUGAGCGCGCUGCCAAAGGGCUUGUAUCUUUGACGGAGUCGAAGUCUUUCGCUGAGAUGAUCUCCUACCAGAGGAUCGCGUGGCACAGCGAGGCUUUCUUGGUCGAGGCGGAGAGCGACGCGGCCGACAUGCUCGUCAAGAUCACCGCGGACGGGGAGGUGGCAAACUUCAAGGUCGAGCUGACGAAGGCUGCCAAUGCAGAGAUCCUGUCGCAGGACAUCCUCGAGUCCGUGAAGUCCAUAUUCGAGAAGGUCAGGGGCACGAAUGUCAACGACGACCACGUGAAUUCUGAAUUGAUGAAGGUCGUGCGCAGAUGCAUCCAGAUCGCGCUGGACACCAACUCGGAUUGUCAGGAGCUGAAGUCGGCGUCGCUGAACGCGCUUGCAGGUGCCUUGGAGCUCCUGCCGCCGUGCACCUACCACCGCGGUGUUCCCGGCGCCCUGAGGCAGCGGCAUGAGCUGGUGGCCUUGGAGACAGCAUUCAGGAAGAAGCAUUGCACGGAAGGUGGUGUGAACUUGGAUGCAGCGCACACGGACGAUACGUUGGUUACCAUGAAGGGUUCGACCAAAGUGCUGUUCGAGAAGGUCUCGAUCAUGAACUUUCCUGACGACGAGGAGACUGCUCACAUCAAAAAGAUCGCGACGGAUUGCGGCAACGGGGUGCAGGAGCUGAUCCACCAGGUCGCGUCCCACGGGCUUGAGGUGAAGUUGCUCGCGUACCAGGACAAGACGCUGAAGGGGCUCAGGAGCGAGCAGGGUGGCCUCAAGAACGGUGCCAACUGGAUCGACGGGCUGCCGAAUGGCAUGGACGAGAAGUGGGACAAGACCCGCGCGGUCGGCAAGGCCACCUUGCUGGCGGACGGCAUCGCCGUCGGCCUCCGCAAGAAGGUCGACGCCGCCUUGCAGGAGGAAGCCGCCAUUCGCAAGUGGGCGAAGACGUUCGAGCUUCCGAUCGACGAGAACAUCUUCCAGUGUGGCUCGGGCGCGAUGGGCAGGUGCAUCAAAGCGUGGGGUGCGUCGCUCAUGAUCAAGGCCAUCGCCGAUGGCGUUGACAAGGUGAGUUUGAGGAAGGCCGCGAUGGCGGUGCAGACGGAGCUCGGCAAGCGCCAGCUGACGCUGGAGUCCUUGCAGCCGAGCUCGCUGGCCAAGAAGGCCGUGGAUGCGAUGCACUUCAAGUGA